UCGUGUAUGCACUUCAAGAAGUACAAUGACUGCACUGAGCUGUGUACAAUCAAUUUGACUUAAAAUACUUGGAGUAUUCUUCGUAAAUUCGCUAAAAAUCUCACUCUUUACUAUGCUCUGGUGAAGAACUUAUUUAGAGGGAAUUACAGGAGAAAGGAUAUAUCUAAGUCAGUUUGUUUUCUUUGGUAGAUAGAUAGAUUUUAGUGAAGCAGAUUUUAUCGAUUAUUUAUCAGGAAGCCUUGGGAAGAAUGCCGUGAUUUGAGGAUUCAUUCAGCCGUGGUGGUCGGGCGGCGGAUCUAGCUGGUACCGCUGUGCAGUUGUGGAGAGUUGAGUCGGUUGAGUUGAGCUUCAUUGCAGCUGGUUGUUGCAUAAAACAAAGAAAUGGAGUCCACACCAGAAAAUAAAAGCAUUAAAAGCCUAGGCAUAAGGGAAGAGAAAACAGAUUCCAUUGUUGCCAGUGCCUCAGGAGUAGUCACAUUUGGUGUGAAGAUUGAAAAUACACUCAACAUACAGGAUCUACAGGCAAUCAAAGAUGAAUUCAUGAGAUAUGGAGAGAAGGAAGGAGUCACCAAGGAAGAGUUUUGUAACCUGAUGGAUAACAUCAUGACCAAAGGCACAAGGAAUGAAUAUGCUGAACUCUUCGACAACAUAGACGUCACAAAAGAGGGCUAUGUGAAUUGGGACAAAUUUACUGGACAUUUGUUACUGGAGUAUGUGGAAAAGGAUGACAGAGUCAAGUCAACACAGGUUCCUCAAUGGAAGGAUAUCAAGCAACUGCCAAGCGAUCACAAGGACAUCGUGCAAAAGAUUUCCUACAUCAAGAACACAUCUCGUUACAUCAUCACCAGCAAAGAAGGCUGCAUCUCAACGUUUGAUGCCCAUCUCAGGACUCACAAAUCAAUCAAGAUCACCAAUGACUCAGUUAAACCCAGGGAUGUGUGGGUAACAACAUUUGUGGUGCUUCAAAAUAUCAACAAGAUUGCACUCUCCUUUACUAGCAAGGAAAUUGUCUUCUAUGAUCUCAGCUCUAAACUGGAGUUCAAUGUACAGUACAGGGUGUUUGGAUUGGAACAUACACCCCUCAGCAUGGACUAUUGGAGCAACCCGGAUAACUCCAACGAGGCCAUCCUAGUGAUGGGAGACACCGGGGGUAACGUCAAUGCCUUCCACUUCACCUCCUCGAACAUCGCCCUCUUUGACAGGCCGCAGCAACCUGGAGGAGAAGGUCAAGAGCAAGUUGUGAAUGUGAACUUCAAACAUCUGUUGAAGGAUAAAUUCAAGUACUGUCGUCUCAUCAGGCACAACGGCCAUACAGAGUGGGCUAGACAAGUGAAGUAUGCUCAGCACCUAAACUGCUUUAUCUCGUGUUCUACUUCAUAUGAGAAUGCCAUGGUACUGGGAUGGAUAGAGAAGGCUAAGUCAAAGAUGAAAACGAAUUCUUUCAAUAUCUCCCAGGGGGUAAAUGCCUUCGCCUAUCACAACGGUCUUAAUCUAAUUGCCACAGCAGGAGUAGAUCAUCAUGUUUGUCUUUGGAAUCCUUAUGUUGUGUCAAAAGCAGUUGGGCUGUUACGAGGGCACAUGGCUCCGGUUGUGCAUGUCCAGUUCAACUUCUCCCGUGGUCAGCUGAUCAGCUUCUCCAAGGACAAAGUCCUAAGAAUCUGGGACGUCCAACUUCAGGUCUGUCUCCAAAGAAUGGCUGGAAUGUAUCCAAAGGGAACUGAGAUGUACACAUCGUUAUUCUUCCAUGAGGCAACCAAUCGUCUCUUCACAGCCUUCAACUAUCAGCUGACCAUGUUAGAGAUGAGGCCAGAGGUCAAAGAUCGGGUCAUGAGCCAUGACAAACCCAUCAGCAUGGCCCUCUACAACUCCACUUUUAAUCAGGUGGUGAGUGCUUGCCAUGGCUCUACAGUCAUCGUAUGGAUGCUAGACACUGGGCAGAAAGCCAAGCAGUUUCUCAAUUGCCAUGGUAAUGCCGAGAUCACCUGCCUGGCAUUUGAUCACAAUGAGACAAGGAUUUUCACUGGCAGCUCUGAUGGCACUGUCAAGAUAUGGGAUUUCAAUGGUCACUGCCAUCACCUUCUGAAUGCAGGCAUGGGAAAUGGAGUAGAUAUCUCACAGAUUGGAGUGCUGAAGAGAAGUCUGGUGGUCAUUGGGUGGGACAGAUACAUCACAGUAUUCCGUAAUCAUCAGAUAAAUCAGUACCUGGUUGAACCAUCAGAAUGGAAAGGAGGAAAGGAGCAUCAAGAUGACAUCUUGGGUGCAGCCUUCAUGGCACCACACACCCUUGCCACAGGGAGCUAUGAUGGAGAGAUUGUGAUCUGGAAUACGGGGUCAGAGGUUUCAUCGAGGCACCUCCAACAAAGGUUCUACAAGAAGGCUAAGAGCAGGGAGAAGACUAAACUGUCCCUCCUUAAUGAUGGCACAACCCCAGGUCUAUCCCGACAGCAUACCAGCAUCCAUUCAGCUCAGAGUGCCCACCAUCCAAGCAGAGUGUCCCAAGCCACCAGGCUGGGAAGCAAGGAGACCGAAGGUACCAAGAGACCCACCACAGGAUCAAGUCAGAGUAGUGAAUCAGAUGAGAUGAAUAGUUAUGUGAUCAAGCAGUUGCUGUUCUUGGAAGCCCGGAAGCACCUGUCUGCAUCAGGGGGUGCAAACCUGGUAUCCUGCGGGGGUAACGGAUGGGUGCGCUUCUGGAAUGCUAACAAGAAUGCCCUAUUGGCUGAAUUCAUUGCCCAUCAGGAUGUUGGUUCUGUUGUGAUGGCAGUGAGUAGCAACAACCAUUAUCUUGUGACUGGAGACAGUGAGGGUGCCAUCAAGGUCUGGAAGAUUCAAGAGUACUGUCUUCACAAACCUGAUGUGCUUCUGACACAACCUCCUGCCACAUUAUCAUCUUGGCACCUCCAUGCUGAUGCAGUAAACUACCUGAGUAUGUGUGAGCGCAAUGAACGCUGGCUCAUUAUCUCAGCUUCAGCAGACUCUAGCGUUCAGCUGGCUGAUAUUCAUGGCAACCACAUAGGAACAUUUGGUCAGGAGGAGCAUUGGAAGAUUGAACCUUACGUUCCUUCACCCGAACCCACCCCAAGCGAAAUGGAUGAAAUGAGCGACAGUGAAUUGAGCCAGGAAGAUGUAGAGGUCGAAGACAAGAAGUCGGAUGAGGAGAUGGAGGUCGAUGUCCUGGUGAACUUUGACCCCAUGGAGAAGGUCAAUACUUGGGAAUCCACCAGGCUAGGCAAACAGUACCAAGAAGUGAGAAAGAACAAGAGGGAGAGGAAACAACCUGGUACCAUUCCUGACCUACCUUACUUGUCUUGGGAGAGGACUAACCAACCCCCUGCAGGACCCUAUGCUUCUACAGAGAAGCUGAGACCACCCAUGUGGACGCAGGCCCUCGAUGUAUCUGAACUUGAUAAGGUCGGGACGCUGCAUAAGCCAGAUUUCAUCUCCCAUCCUCACAAGUACUUCAGGACUCAUGAAGAAGCUGAGGCUGCCGCUAGGAACCUAAGGGAGAAGGAUUCAAGCCCAGAAUUAAAGCAAAGGUUUGAUGAGCGCUCCCUCUUCCCCAAGUACAUCCUGGAUCACGAGGCGGAGAUGAAAUUGAGACAUCGCUUCCUCCUGGACAAAGGACCCAAUGGGAGCGCGAAGAACAAGAGAAGCGGCAGUAGGGUCUGGAAUAAGCUGUCCUCUACGACCAAUGUCCCCCAGAAGAACCCCCGGCCUUUCAGGCUCUCCCCGCUCCAGGAGAUAGUGAGGAAGAAGAGUGCCGAGAAGCCAGAUCAGAACCAGAGCACUCAUGGGAAUGCUACCUGAGAGCAGGGACCUUUCCAGUGCACAAUGAUCCUGGGACCCAUUUCACAAAGCCUUUUUUUCAAUGACAAAUUACAAAAAUCAGUGACAAAUCUGUUGAUAACCAAUCAGAAGCAAGUAUUUCAGUAGCUUAUACCCAAAACUGUCAUUUGUCACUGAUGACAAUUUUUGUGAAUUGCCCCCUGGUGCCAAUACCAGGCAUUGGGAAUUUCAGAAGAACCAGAAUUACCAAGGGCAAACUUUCCUAUAAUGAUGGUACGACAAAGGUAAUCCAUAUAUUGAUGCAUACUUUCAACUUUUAAAAUUGCCUUGAUCCUCCCCAAUCACCCCCUGGGAUUCUGCAAGAUUAGACCCAGUGUAAACAAUUUUCUGGAGAAAAACCAGUUUGAGAAAUUAGCCAUCGUCCUUGAAGCAUGCAACGUUUUAAAAGAACAUUAAUCAUCAUCAUUGUAGUGUUAUGGUCUAGAUUAUCCUUAAACACACUUCUUAUGAGAUCUGUUUGAUCAACAUAAAAGACACUUGUUAACAAUCAGAUUAUUAUUAUUAUUAUUAGCACCAAAAGAACUGAGUGGUCAGUUCAGAACCGGGGCAGGGGAGAUCGUUCAAAGAACAUUUAUUUUGCAAACAGAAGUCUCUACAAGAUCAUCUGGAAAUAUGCUCCUUUUAGUGAGGUCUUUGAGAUCAUCAUAAAAGUGCUUGCAAACAUUUCAAAAUGACAUCAGUCACCCAUGAAAGGUGUUGAGGGCAUCGAGAGGCUGGCCCAGAUUCAGAGCAGGAGGAACCAUACUUGAGAGCAUAUUCAUUAUGCUUGAAAGUUUAAAACAAAGAGAACA